AUGACCUUGUCAAAAAUUGAAAUUAAUGAGCAUUUAGUAAAGGAUCCCUUUUUUAGUAUCAAGUGGGCAAUAGGUGGGCCGGCAAUGCUGGGUGGCACCGAUUUGGGGCCAGCUGCGAAGGCUGUCACAUUGCCAGCUAAAAAUGAUACAAUGGAGCACUUGGACUCGCACAUGCCACUGUUGAGUGACUUGCAAAUGUUCCAAAAUGAAAAAUUCUAUCUGAACUUGACCCAAGUGCUGAACAUUUCGGCGGAGAAUCUCACCAAUCUGCUGCUCAGUGUGCAGCAGCAGGAGGAACAUGGCACCCAGACCAGUCCAGUGGCUACACAAACACCCAUGGUGCUUCUGACCAUUCUCAGCAUCUGUUAUGCCCUCAUCUUCAUCGCUGGAGUGCUCGGAAAUCUGAUAACUUGCAUCGUUAUCUCGCGCAAUAAUUUCAUGCACACCGCUACGAAUUUCUAUCUAUUCAAUCUGGCCAUAUCGGAUCUAAUAUUGCUGUGUUCCGGCAUGCCCCAGGAUUUGUACAAUUUGUGGCAGCCCGACAAUUAUCCAUUUAGUGAUGGCAUCUGCAUCAUGGAGAGCAUUCUAUCCGAGACGGCGGCCAACGCCACGGUGCUGACCAUCACUGCCUUCACCGUGGAGCGCUACAUAGCCAUAUGCCAUCCCUUCAGGCAACACACCAUGUCCAAGCUAUCGCGUGCCAUCAAGUUCAUAUUUGCCAUCUGGAUUGCUGCACUGUUGCUGGCCCUGCCACAGGCCAUGCAGUUCUCGGUGGUGUCCCUGGAAACGAAGGCUGGCGCUUAUUAUGGCUCGUCAUGUACGAUGCAAAAUAAUUUCUAUGCCCAUGUGUUUGCCGUGUCCGGAUUCCUGUUCUUUGGUGGUCCCAUGACUGCCAUCUGCGUGCUAUACGUGCUCAUUGGGGUCAAGCUGAAGCGUAGCCGAUUGCUGCAGUCCCUCCAGCGGCGUCCCUACGAUAUACAUCGCGGCAUCAGCGCACAGACGCGCGUCAUCAGAAUGCUGGUGGCUGUUGCGGUGGCGUUUUUUAUAUGCUGGGCUCCAUUCCAUGCCCAGCGAUUGAUGGCUGUCUAUGGCUCCUCCUCUGGCAUCAAGUCGGAACUGUUCACCGACAUCUUUAACAUACUGAACUAUACUUCCGGUGUGCUGUACUUUCUAUCCACCUGUAUUAAUCCACUACUGUACAACAUCAUGAGUCACAAGUUUCGCGAAGCGUUUAAGGUGACAUUGUCGCGCCACUUCCGUCUCUCGAGCAAGUACCAGAGUCAGAGUCAGCCACACAACUAUAGCGUAUUGAGGCGGAAUCAGCACGGUUCGCUGCGCCUGAACACAACGGACAGCAUAAGGACAACGACAACCAUGACAACGGUGACUAUGAAUGGCAACAGUGUGGGGCAACCGGGCAGUGCGCGUUGUUCUCAGCGAUUGCAUCGCAUCUCGCUGGAUGGGUCGCAUGCCACGCUGUUGAGCACACAAAGCAAACAGGAUUUAUUUGCGGGGCGAGCGGGCGCUGAGCUGGCGCACUCGUUCAGCCAUCCACACUCUCAUGGGCCACCACAUCGCUUGUUACAGACGCAAAUAUCGCAGCUAUCUUCGGUGGGCGAUGCACAUUCCUUGCUGGAGGCUGAAAUCGAUGGAACGCAGCUGUCACAGCCGACAAUGUGUGCCAUAGACGAGCUGAGCAGCAAUCAGCCGGGAAUAUCGCGUUCGCGCCUGAAGUUGACGCGUGUCACCCGCCCCUCUCGUGCUGAACCACAGCAUUGCAGUGGCAUCGGUGGUGGUAGCGGUGGUGGCGUCGCCAUCAGCGAGCCAAGUGGAAAAGUGCGCAAAGCCAAGGCCAAAACCCUCAAGACAUCGAGCACUCUAAAGAGUCUGCGAACGAAAUUCAAUUGGCGCACCAGACGCAAGGCCAGCAGGCCUGCACAGUCCCCCACAAGUGCUGAGCCGAAGUCCCCGACGGUAGGAGCGGGACCUGACGAGCGAAGCGUCUUCUGA